AUGAUAGCAGGUAGAUUUGAUCUUGUAAAUAAAAAACUUGAUUCAGUUACAGAUAAAAGUUUAGAAACAGCUAUAAAUGAAUAUGAUUAUUCAAAAGAUAAUAAUGAAAAUAAAGAUUUAAAAUUUUAUCAUAUGUUAGACAUAGGUGGUAAUAUGAUCACUUCAAUUUCAUUAAAUUCAAUUUCAAAAUAUUUCUUUCACAUCACAGAAUUAUAUUUAAUAAAUAAUGAAUUUAAAGAAGUACCAGAAGAAAUCCAUAGUUUAAUUAGUAACAUUGAUAAAUUAGUGAAUUUAGAAGUAAUUGAUUUUAGGGCAAAUAGAAUAACAAAUUUAUCUGGUAUUGAAAAUAAUUUAAAUUUAAUUAGUAUUUCAGUGUCUAAUAAUUUGGUUAAUAAUAUUGACUCAAUACCAAAAUUAUUAAAUUUACAUUCAUUAUUUUUAUUUUCAUCUCAUAUUCCAAAUUUAGAAUCUUUUUUAAAUAUUUUAUCAACAAGAUGUCCAAAUAUGAAAAUUAAACAAGCAUUACCAAAAAUAAAAUUAUUAGAUUAUACAAAGAUGUGUUGUAAUAGAGAUAAAAAAUAA